AUGACUUAUAACUUGCCACCAUGGAUGUGCAUGAAACAAGAAUACUUCAUGCUUUCUCUAUUGAUCCCGGGACCAAAAUCGCCAGGAAAUGAUAUUGACGUGUACCUGCAACCAUUGAUUGAAGAAUUGAAGGAGUUAUGGGAACUUGGGGUAGAAACAUACGAUGCCGCAAGAAAUAAAACUUUUCAAAUGCAUGCAGCUCUCUUAUGGACAAUUAGUGAUUUUUCUGCAUAUGUAAUGUUAUCUGGGUGGAAUACAAAGGGGAAACUAGCUUGCCCUUCUUGUAACUAUGGGACUUGUUCUAGUUAUCUUACACAUAGUCGGAAGAUGUGUUAUAUGGGUCAUCGUGUUUUUUUGCCCGAGGAACAUCCAUGGAGAACUAAUAAGAGGUCAUUUAAUGGAAAAGAAGAACAUCGGAAAGCUCCACCGUUGCUAGAGGGCAUGGAAGUUUUAAGUCACUUAGAUUCUAUGGAGAAUUCCUUUGGGAAGACAAAAAAAAAGGUGAAUGAAGGCCCGUGGAGGAAAAGGUCAAUCUUUUUUUAUUUAUUUUACUGGAAGUAUAACACAUCAAGACACAAUCUUGAUGUAAUGCAUAUAGAAAAGAAUAUAGUUGAUAGUAUUCUUAGAACUCUCUUGGAUAUAUCUGGCAAGACAAAAGACCACCUAAAUGCUCGAUAUGACUUGCAAGAAAUAGGCAUUCGUAAGAAUCUUCAUCCAAAAGAAAUAAGAGGUCAUAGAAAAGUGAAGUUUGCAAAAGCAUGUUUCUCCAUGAUUAAAGUUGAGAAAUCAAUUUUUUGUGAUGUCUUGAAGAAAGCAAAGCUACCUGAUGGUGUUGCCUCAAAUAUUUCUCGAUGUGUGAACCUUGCAGAAAGAAAAGUAUUUGGUUACAAGACUCAUGAUGCCCAUUUUAUGCUGCAUUAUUUACUGCAAAUUCCCAUCAAAAGUUUUACUUACGAAAAUCCUAAUUUUGGAUUUAGAGAGCAUGAGGCUGAUCAACAAGGAACAAGUUGGGUGAAAGCUAUGAACCAUAGUAUAACCUUUUCCUCAUGGUUUAAAGCACGUGCCAUGCGUCAGAAUGUUCCAAAUUGUAUUAAGAAGCUUUCUAGAGGACCCAACAAGAUUGCAAAAAGAUAUUCGGGGUAUUUUAUCAAUGGGUAUAGAUUUCAUACUAGGCAACGUGAGGCAAGACGCAAAACGCAAAAUAGUGGUGUAACUUUAGUUGCGUUGACUACAAGCUUUGCAAGUGCAAAGGAUCCAAAUCCAAUUCGUGCAAAAGUUUCCUACUAUGGCAGAAUAAAUAAUAUAAUUGAGUUAGACUACUUUGGCAAUUUUAAGGUUGUAUUGUUUAUAUGUGACUGGUAUGAGACUCAAGAGGAUGGCUAUGGCUCUUCAUAUGUUCAAUUCAACAGAAAAUGCUAUCAAGAAAAGCCUUUUGUGUUGGCAUGUCAAGUACACCAAUGCUUCUAUGUGCAAGAUCCAUUCGAUCAAAAUAAACAUUAUGUUAUGAAGUCAAUUCCAAGGGAUUUAUUUAACAUAGGUGACGAAGCUGAUGUUGAUCCCCAAGCUAUUUAUGAAAAAGAGCCAUCUGACCAGUCAAUGGGUCCUUCUAUACCCAAUGAUAAUGGUGAAAUUGAUUUGAUUAGGGGUGACUUGCAUGAAGUUGUUAUAGAUGCUUCAAAAGGAGGUCUUCUUUAA